AUGAGUACUUUCAACCAUACAAAGUCUUUCCUCCUUCCUUCACUUCUCUUGUUAUGCCUUUUUGUUUAUUUCCUUCCUGCUUAUAUCGUUAAAUCCAAACCCCUCCCACCAUCUCUCAACGACAUUGCACAAGAAGAUGAUGAUGAUGAUGCUGCUGCCAACCUUGUUGCUCAGACGCCUCCUAUGGGGUGGAAUAGUUGGAAUCACUUCCAUUGCCAAAUUAAUGAGACUAUGAUUAGAGAAACUGCUGAUGCACUUGUGUCAAGCGGGCUUGCCCAGCUGGGAUACAAAUAUGUUAAUAUAGAUGAUUGUUGGGGUGCAUAUGAUCGUGAUAUUAAGGGAAAUCUAGUGGCCAACAAGUCCACGUUUCCUUCUGGAAUUAAAUCUCUUGCCGAUUACGUUCACAGCAAGGGUCUUAAGUUGGGAAUCUAUGCAGAUUCAGGGUACCGUACAUGCUCUGGGAGAAUGCCUGGUUCUCUUGGACUUGAGGAGCAAGAUGCCACAACAUUCGCUUCAUGGGGAAUUGACUACUUGAAGUACGACAAUUGUUACAAUGAUGACACAAGACCAACAACAAGAUACCUUGCCAUGAGUCGUGCCUUGAAGAAAACCAAGCGUCCAAUUUUUUUCUCUAUGUGUGAAUGGGGAGACAUGCGUCCAGCUUUGUGGGGAUCCAAACUUGCGAACAGUUGGAGAACAACGGAUGACAUUUCAGACUCAUGGGAAAGCAUGUUAAAGAUUGCUGACUUGAAUGAAGUGUAUGCUGACUACGCCAAACCUGGAGGUUGGAAUGACCCGGAUAUGCUGGAAGUAGGCAAUGGAGGGAUGAAGCAUAAUGAAUAUGUGGUGCACUUUAGCAUAUGGGCCAUCUCCAAGGCUCCUCUCCUUUUAGGAUGCGAUAUACGAUACCUAAGCAAUGAAACCAUGCAAAUAAUUAGCAACAAGGAAGUAAUUGCAGUGAAUCAAGAUAAGUUGGGAAUUCAGGCGAAAAAAAUAAGAAUGGAAGGAGAAAGAGAGAUUUGGGCAGGACCACUUUCAGAAAAUAAGAAAGUAGUAUUGUUUGUAAAUAGAAAGACGUGGGGUUCACCAUUGACAGCCCACUGGGAUGACAUUGGCUUCAACAAAAACAGUGUUGUAGUCGAAGCUAGGGAUGUUUGGGAGCAUCGUACUCUGGAGAGAAGAUUCCAAGGGAACUUAACAGCGUAUGUCGAUCCUCAUUCCUCCAAGAUGUAUGUGUUGACACCCAUCUUCUGA